AUGGACACCUUAACGGCAGCAAGGUGGUGUGGCACAAGAUCCUUCAAGGGAAAACUUUACCUUCCCCAGGUCAUCACCAUGAACAAGGAAGAUUCCUUGAGGGCAGUGGAAAUGCUGCGCAUGUGUGAUGGCCUGGAUGAAGAGUAUAAAGAAGACCUCAGUGAACCGUUCAUGUUCAUGUUUAGUUUGCAGGCAGACUAUGAGGAGUUCUGCAAGGAAAUAAUGGACAAAAGGCAGCUGCAGGUGUUUUCCGGCUUUGAAAUGAGAUAA